CACUUUUAACCCUUCUAAUGAUACUUAUGUCAGCCCUACCUUUUUCAGUUUAUGCCGGAUUCGGGGGCCCGGUAGAUAGACAGGAACUGCUUAAAGCCCUGUUCGGCCCCCCAUGUGAGUGCCGGGGGGGGCGGGUCAAGGCUAUUCCUGAACAAUAUACCAAUACAAUUGACUGUGGCACUAACACUGCGUACCUUUCCAUGCCACCCAGUAACUUAGGAGGGUACCAGAAACAGACGUGGGUAUGCGUCGACAAGCCACGCAUUAUACCGGCCACCAAUGGAAUCCCAGGAAGUUGCCCGGCCUCAUGUAAUUAUGCUGACCAGAUGCACUCUUCCUGUUAUUCCACUGUUCAGGAGUGCACCGGUGCCAGCAGCAAAAGGUAUUUUACGGCCAUACUGCAGAAAACCAAAUCAGAGACUCUGGGGGGGGAAUGGUCCAAUGUUCCUCAAGUCAUGGGCAGCACCAACAAAUAUUCCCAAGCCUCGUGCUCGGGCAAAGUAGGACAAGACUCCUGUUGGCCUACCCGGGCCCCUAUCCACGUCUCCGAUGGGGCGGGGCCUACCGACAUAAUUAGAGAGACUGAAGUACGGGACAUGAUAGAGGAAUUAGAGAACAGGCUUUACCCUAAGAUUGAUUACCACCCCUUAGCCCUCCCUAAGCCCAGGGGAACAGAUUUAGAUGCCCUCACCUUAGACAUCCUGGAAACCACCCUCAGUAUUCUGAACAGUACCAGCCCAGGAUUGGCAAUUGACUGCUGGCUAUGUAUGCCCUUAGGAGCACCCAUGCCCCUGGCCAUUCCCUCCGACAACCCAAAUAUCACGAACAGUAAUUCUACCUGCAGCCCAAGCCUACCCUUUAAGACACAACCUGUUGGUAAUUUUACUGCUUGUAUAUAUGGUAACUUUCAAAAUAAUAGCUUGGAUAUAGAUAUAGGCCUGGCUACCUUUGGAAACUGCAUUUACAUGACUAACUAUUCCUCCCCCACAAGCUCCCUUUGCCCUCCAAAAGGGAAAAUAUUCAUAUGUGGAGGAAACCUGGCCUUCACCAUGCUUCCUGCUAACUGGACCGGAUUAUGUAUGAUUGCCUUGUUACUCCCAGACAUAGAUAUCGUUCCCGGGGAUGAGCCGCUGCCCACCCCUAGCCUAGAAAUGAUAGGAGGGAGGAGAAAAAGGGCAGUUCAACUUAUUCCCCUGUUGGUAGGAUUAGGUGUUACCGCGGCCAUGGGCACAGGGACUGCGGGCCUAGGGGUAGCUGUACACUCUUAUGCAAAACUGUCUAAUCAAUUGAUAAAUGAUGUUCAGACACUCUCCAGUACCAUAAACGAUCUUCAGGACCAAAUCGAUUCCUUGGCGGAAGUAGUUUUACAAAACAGGAGGGGAUUGGAUCUGCUAACCGCAGAACAAGGAGGGAUCUGCUUAGCCUUGCAGGAACGGUGUUGCUUUUAUGCCAACAAAUCGGGGAUUGUUAGGGACAAAAUCAAAAGACUCCAGGAGGACCUGAUUAAGCGAAGGCGGGAAUUAUUUGACAGCCCGUUGUGGACCUGGUUAAAUGGCCUCCUUCCCUAUCUUUUACCUUUACUAGGCCCUCUGCUUGUUAUCCUAAUCCUCGCGACUAUUGUAAACCGAUUGUCCCUAUAUUGUAAACGGAUUGGUGCAAUUUAUCAAGGACAGAGUAUCAGUGGUACAGGCCCUGGUACUGACCCAACAGUACCACCAACUUAGAACAACAGAGGAAACCCUGAUUGAAUGAAGGAUUUCAUUCAAGCAGAAGAAAAUGGGGGAAUGAAAGGCCCCCAGUUUGUGCUUGGCCACUAGGUACCCCAGAAAACUGCUGACCAUCCCCUGCGAGCUUGUGUAUGAGAAAACCAUGGGUGAAAAAGUACCGAAGAGGGCGAGGCAGGACGGACGUUGCGGUUAACUGUUAACCGGAGAUAGGGAACAGAGAGUCUCUGAGCUAACAACUGAAGGGCAAGUACAGACACCUCAGCUAACUGCCUGUGGAAAGUCCCACCGCCAACCCCGAGUGGACUCCGCCUGACCCCAUCACCUGACUUAAACUCACCAAUCCCUACCCAAAGCAUGAUUUGAAAUUAGCCAAACCCCACCCUAUAACCAUGCAUCUCGCUUCUGUAACCUUGCUUCCAGCUGCCCAGAAAGUCUCCCGAUAGACUUUGUCGCCCCGGGUACCCGUGUGUCCGAACAGGUUCCCAGCCACCGACCCGAACCUUGUGGAUCUCGAGGUCGCGUGCACCUGGGAGCCUGGGCAUGCCCGAAUAAACCUCUUGCUGUUUGCA